AUGUCAGACUUUCCUACAUCUGCUGCUAUUUCUUCAAACGAUGUGGCAGUCUCUCAAAGUAACCUUACGAAGGAUACAUCAUCUCUGUCAAAACCUAACCAUUUACCAAAAUAUAUGGGCUAUUCUAGGUCACAUCCUGAUGCCAUGUCAAGUGAACUACUUCAGAAAGACUUAAAAUCUUCCAUCUUGAGUGAAAUGAAAAAUGACGCUGAUUUCCAUUUAGGGGCUUUAUUAAGGAAAGGUGGACUUGAAAGUUUGGAGAGCAUUGUGAGGAUAAAGGACGCAGAAACCAGAAUGUUCCAAACCAAGGCAGAUGAAGCAAGAAGAGAGGCAGAAGGGUUUGAGAGGAUGAUCAGGACGAAGACUGCGCAGAUGGAAGAAGAGUAUGCUGAAAAGCUUUCCAAACUCUCCUUGCACGAGACAGAGGAAACGCAGACGAAGAAAAUGGAUGAACUAAAAGUCUUGGAAAAUUCCUAUUUUGAUUACUAUAAAAUGAAAAAGAGAAUGCAAGAAGAGAUUGAUGGUUUGUUGCGGAGAAUGGAGGCAACAAAGCAGCAAUGGGUUUAG